GCCGCGGAGGUGGUGGCCGUGGCGGCGGCGGGGAGACGCCAUGAAGCCCAGGCCCGGAGGCUUCGUGGAUAAUAAGCUGAAGCACCGCGUCAUCCAGUACCUCUCCAGUAACAGAUGUGGCAAGUAUGUGGACACUGGUGUCUUAUCAUCUGAUUUGCAAAGAAUGUACAGUAUAGACUAUGGUCGGAGGAAAAAAAAUGCUUUUAGGAUUCAGGUUGAAAAAGUGUUUAACAUAAUCAGUAGUGAGAAAGAAAUGAAGGCUCUUACUGAAUUAGAAGAUGAACAUCUGGCAAAAAGAGCAAGACCAGGGGAGGAGGAUAAUGAAUAUACUGAGAGCUAUUCUGAUGAUGAUUCAGAUAUGGAAGAUUACCCAAGUCAGCAGCCAGCAAACCUUAUGAAUAGUUCCUUGCUCUCCUUGUAUCGGAAAGGAAAUCCCGAUUCUGCGUCAGGUACUCCUGAAGUGGAGCCAAGAGACAAAGCAGGCUCCGCAGGAGGCUUGGCACGCUCUGGUCUUUCGAAGACCCCUGCCAGAGAUUCCGAAGGAGGAUGGUUUAUUGACACAACUCCCGGUGGAAAGACAGACGAUUUUUUCUCGGACUUAAUGGAUGAGAAAAGUCAUCAGAAGAAGUCAAUAUCUAAGAUAGAGGAUUCUUUUCUGGAGAGUGAUAAAAAGGGGAAAGGCAGGCAAACGAGAAAAGGGAACAAAAGGAAGAUGGAGCUUCAGGAAGUUGAUGGAGACAUAGAAGAUGGUCUGCAAAAGAAAGCCAAAGCCGGGGUGGAAUUGCAGAUUUCCAACGUGAAGUUUGAAGAUGUCGGAGGCAACGAUACAACCUUAAAAGAAGUGUGCAAGAUGCUCAUCCACAUGCGUCACCCCGAGGUGUACCACCACCUGGGCGUCGUGCCCCCUCGGGGAGUCCUCCUGCAUGGGCCGCCCGGCUGCGGGAAGACGCUGCUCGCACAAGCAAUUGCUGGGGAACUUGAGCUUCCAAUUUUGAAAGUUGCUGCUACGGAGAUUGUGUCUGGGGUAUCUGGAGAAUCCGAACAGAAGCUGAGAGAACUGUUUGAGCAAGCUGUGUCACAUGCUCCCUGUAUCUUUUUUAUUGAUGAAAUUGAUGCUAUUACCCCCAAGAGAGAAGUUGCUUCAAAAGAUAUGGAACGAAGAAUCGUAGCCCAGCUUCUAACCUGCAUGGAUGAUCUGAAUAAUAUGGCUGCCACGGCUCGGGUUCUAGUCAUUGGAGCUACCAAUCGACCAGACUCAUUAGACCCUGCUCUGAGACGGGCCGGAAGGUUCGACCGAGAAAUAUGCCUGGGUAUUCCCGACGAGACCUCAAGAGAAAGAAUACUUCAGACUUUGUGCAGAAAACUAAAACUUCCUGAAGCUUUUCCGUUCCGCCAUGUGGCACACCUGACGCCGGGCUUUGUGGGCGCCGACCUGAUGGCGCUCUGCCGGGAGGCUGCCAUGUGCGCCGUCAACAGGGUCUUACUGACGCUGCAGGAGCAGCAGAAGCCAGUGCCAGAGCCUGAGGGCUCGUCUCCAGGCAGGGCCCAGGAGGGAAGGCGUGGGACAGAGCUCACAUCCGAAGCACAGGAUGAGUUGCAGCGGCUGCUGGGGCUGCUCAGAAACCAAGACCCCCUCCCGGAGGAGCAUCUGCGCGGGCUGUGCAUCGAGAUGAAUGACUUCACGGUUGCCCUCUCCUCAGUGCAGCCUUCUGCCAAAAGGGAGGGCUUUGUCACUGUCCCUAAUGUGACGUGGGCAGAUAUUGGAGCCUUGGAAGAUAUCAGGGAGGAACUCACCAUGGCCAUCCUGGCACCGGUCCGGAACCCAGAUCAGUUCAAAGCGCUUGGAUUAGUGACUCCCGCUGGUGUUCUUCUUGCUGGUCCUCCUGGCUGUGGGAAAACGCUAUUGGCAAAGGCUAUUGCAAAUGAAUCUGGACUAAAUUUCUUAUCUGUCAAGGGUCCUGAGCUGCUAAAUAUGUACGUCGGGGAGAGUGAGCGAGCUGUGCGGCAGGUCUUUCAGCGGGCCAAGAACUCGGCGCCCUGUGUGAUAUUCUUCGAUGAAGUGGACGCUCUGUGCCCUCGAAGGUCAGACCGCGAGACAGGGGCAAGUGUGCGGGUGGUGAAUCAGCUUCUCACAGAGAUGGAUGGUCUGGAAACGCGCCAGCAGGUGUUUAUUAUGGCAGCUACUAACAGGCCAGAUAUCAUUGACCCUGCCAUCCUGCGACCAGGCCGCUUGGACAAGACUCUCUUUGUGGGGUUGCCUUCCCCCGCAGCUCGUCUUGCUAUCUUAAAAACAAUCACAAAAAAUGGCACCAAACCCCCCCUGGAUACUGAUGUGAAUUUGGAAGCAGUUGCUGGUGACCUCCGCUGUGAUUGCUACUCGGGUGCAGACCUGUCGGCUUUGGUGCGGGAAGCGUCUCUCUGUGCCCUGAGACAAGAAAUGGCCCAGCAGAAGAACAAAGAUGAAAAAGGUGAACUCAAGAUUAACCAGAAGCACUUUGAAGAAGCUUUCAAGAAAGUGAAGUCAUCAAUAUCAAAAAAGGACCGAGCGAUGUAUGAAGCUCUGCAGCAGUCCCUUAGCUGACAACCUACCUGGGAGCUUCAGUUCUCAAACGGAUGCAGCCAAGCUGCAGCUCAAGAGGUUCCCAUCAGGCCAGAGCGUGUCAGAUAACCUACCUCCUCUGUAAGAAAAGGAAAAGAACAUCUUUCAAAACUCCUGAUAAAAUGAUGCUGUCAAAGUAAAAUUUUUAUUUUGAAACAGUC